AUGGGACUACUUCGUAUAUGCAAAAUCAACGAAAGAGGUUGGAGUUCUGUAGGAAUUGCUGGUAUACUUACAGAUUAUCUCAAGAGCGUUGAUGACUGAUAUGGUUGGAUACCUGAAUCGGAUAGCAGUUGUAUUGCCGGAAUACCAAUGCCACCCCAAAAUGUUAACGCUGAGGUGCCGAUACCACGAAAUGAUCAAACAGCAGCUUGGGAAAAAGCACAAGAAGCCUUGAAAAAGGUUAACGUUUCAGCCACUUCCAUCUCUUCGAACAUUUCAUCCAUGACAUCAUAUUAUUCUCAACCUCAUCCCGAUAUACGGUCUCAAACAUUGCAUUAUUAUCCAUGGAUGGAACAGCAUGGUCUUGGAAUGCUACCAUUUCUACCUCGUUUACCACCACCGCCACCACCACCACCACCAUCGUCAUCAUCAUCAUCGCCAUCACUUUCUUCAUCGUUACCACCACCACCACCUCCCCAAACCUAUGGUAUGGCGCAGGAAAAUUCGGCUUAUGUAGGAGUUCAUUAUGGUUUUACUCCAUCAGGGAUUCAUCUACCAUCAUCAAAUGGCAGUUAUCAUCCAGAUUUCAUGAACCCGUGGGCAUCAUCAAACGUUGCUCCUAGACGACAGUUUGGAUUUAACGGGAGCGGAUCGGGAUCAGGAGGAGGAGAAUAUGGUCGAAAUAACAGUGCAACACAACAUCCUAUACGUUUUUCAAUUAAUCGUCCUCGAGGACUUAAUACUGCAUCAGUUUUUCAUCAAAAUUCUCAAUCACUUGGACUGGAAUCACCAAGCAUACCAGAUCCCGUUAAGAGGUAUGUGGAACGUUCGUAUAUGGCAGUGGAAAAGAAGGAAGAUCGUGAUAAGUUGGAAGAAUAUUUCAAACAAAAAUUAAAUCCUUUGUUAAUGUCCGGUGCUUAUAAAGCAGUUGAUUGGGAUCGUGAGCCAUUGCCUUCUGAAGUAAAUUUUGAGUUAAAAAUGGGUUGGACACCAGCUAGUCAGUUGAAAAAGGGUUUAAACACAACCGUAGAAAUGGAGAAGCGAUCGCCGAAAAAGUCGAAACAUGAGAUGAGUCAUCGAAGGGAUUCACGAUCUCCUCCCUUUCGUGAACAAUCUAAAAGACGAAUACCGUUUAGCCCUCGUGUUCGUCUUCCAUCUGAUGAAGAUAAUUCAGUUGAUGAACAGGCAAAA